AAAAUAAACACAAUUUCAGACACGAGCAGCCCGGGCCGGAGCCAUGUUCCGGGGGAGUUAAAGCGGAGCGGAGCACAAGCGGAAAUUGGUUUGGAGGAGGCAGGAGGAGGCGUCGGGCUUCGGCUAAGCCUCGCGUUCAGCCUCUGAAGAUUUCGCCACAUCACCUUGAGCUCUAAAGCCUCUGUUGUGGAUGUGGGGCCCGCGCUCCAAUUCCAGGUGCUUAGCUCCAACGGGCCCACACUUUAAAAGCGUUUCGCGUCCUUCGGGCAAAAUUUUUAAAAUCUAUCCGAGCUUUUAUUUUCCAUUGAGCAAAGAUUCUUUUUUUUUUUAUUGAGUGCCUCAAACCUUUGAACAAUUUAGAAAAUGAGUUGCAUUAACGUCAUCGUAUUCUGCUGACUUACUCGGAGACCACACAGAACCCGGUGGCCUCAGCGGAAAAGAAAAAAAAAAGGCUGAAGAGGCAUUUAAAAAAAAAAAAAAAAGCCUGUAUGCAAUAGAGUAAUGAUUGCCUGCGCACAGCAAGAAUUUUAAUUUGGUGGAGAAUCUAAAUUCAAGGCCUGUGGCUCUCCAGCUCAUGGAACAAGACAUCAAAUAUAUGUCCGUGCAGCCGCGGGGAGCCUGGAGCUGAAGGUGUUGACAGCACUUAGACAACUCUGGUCCACUUCCUGAAUAUAUUAGCUCGUUCCCCCCCCUUCCCCUCUGUGUGUGUUUGUGUGUGUGAAGUGACCAGAGCACUCGUUCAUUUGAUGUCGCCAUACAGUGAACCUGCCCUCAGACACGUGACUUUGAAAGGACUCCUCAUGACGAGUCAAUUAUCUGCCGUGUGUUUACUGCAGCUGCUGCAAGUUUAAGCCGUUCAUCAGGUCUCAAUCUAACCCGGAUCCAUUAACGUUCAAAGAUAUGGGUCUGACGUGAAUCUAAGCCCCCAACCGUUUCCAUUAAUUUGUCUCAGCAGAAGAACAAAUGUUUCCGUUUUAGAAAAUCUCCAUAAGGGGGGAAUGAAUGAAUAAAUUGUGUCUGUAAUUUAUUCCACCUGUACGAACGUACACGAACGGCUCUACACCUUUGAGAUUUGGGAAAAUAAAUAUGCAACUGUGACAUUUUAAGGCGGGGGACGUAUGCACGGGUUGACAUGUUUAAGGGGAGGACUGGGAUGUGUUGCUACUGGUAAAUGCUGCCAUUUCUAAUAAUAAUUAUGCAGAGUUCAACUUUUAGUGCUUCUGGCAAGUGGACGGAAACUAAAUACAGCACUUUACUUCUUGUUAUGCGAUUAUAAAAUAAAAGCCGUAGUUUAAAAGUAUUCAGACGUGUUAAUAAUAAUAAUAAGAUAUAUAACUGAAUGUAGCUGUUUAAUGGUGAAAAUGUGUAGAUAUUUUACUCAUACAUGUUAUAAACGGACCACGUUUGAGAGGAUUAAUGUUAAUCUUGUACUUUUAUCGCUGUCAAAUAAAUAAAACAUAUCAGUCUGUAGCGUAGCUGAGUAAAUAACUUGUAGUGUGUCAAGAAAUACAUUCUUUAAGUAAAAAAAAAUGUGUUAGUUUUUUUUUGUUUGUUUUUUUCCCUUAAGUAUAAUUAGAGAAGUCAUCUUCAUCAAUGGACUUUCCACCACUGAAAUUAGAAAAUAAAUAAAUAAAUAAAAAAUCACUGCUUUAUUAAACAGGCUUGGUGACUAUAAAUUAUCUGGGAGGCGUGAUAGUCUGAUCCACAGAGUGUCACCUCACGUCCUGACUUUCAUGGCUAAACCGAUCUCCAACCCGCUGCCAUCAAACAAUGGGCUGUGGGCUUACUCCAUUUUGGAUUUACCCUUUUGCAUAUUCUCCGGACUUCUACGCCCACCACACGGUUUUAAUUUGAAGACCAAAUCAGCGAUCUUCCGGUCUAAUCCUUUGUAACUUGGGCAGCUGGGCGCAGCUGUCUGCGCGCACCCAUCCAACCAGCCAAGACGCGCUCCCCCUUUCUCCGGUCACAGUCGCACCCAGGGGCUUGAGGACACAAACUGCAACAGCUGGACCGAGUUAUGCGCACUUACUUAACUUCGCCCCUCUUAUUUUUAUGGUCCUGAGCUCCCCUCGUCAUCUGUCACGAUUCCCCUCCAAAACGGCUCCGCGGGUUUUCUGUCGUCCUUCAGUCCCCGAACGGCGCGGAGGAAGUGGUCAGUGGUCUUUCUGGUGACCGCCGUCGCCAUGGUUCUGCUGGCCCUGGCCGUCGCCGUCCCGUUAGUGCUGCUCCGCGCGCCCGAGACCACCGCUCACUACUACGAGAUGAUGGGCACCUGUCGGAUGGUGUGUGACCCGUACAACCCCAAACCGGGAGACGCCAGCGCCAUGGAGGUGAUCCAGAACUUGAACGGCGUCGCUCCGCAGCCGCCGAUGGCGCAAGGGAGCCGCGGCGAGCCGGGGCGGCCGGGUAAACCCGGACCAAGGGGCCCGCCGGGAGAACCGGGACCACCGGGCCCGAGGGGACCCCCGGGAGACCGCGGCGACGGCAAACUCACGUUUCCCGCGUUGACGGGAACGACGGGGACUGAAAACACCGACGCGGACGGUGUGAACUCCACGGCCAGCGGAUUCAGGAUCGCCUUUUACGUGGGUCUGAAGAACCCGCACGAGGGAUACGAGGUGUUAAAGUUUGACGACGUGAUUACAAACUUGGGCAACCACUACGACCCGAGCACCGGGAAGUUCACCUGCCAUGUGUCCGGGAUCUAUUUCUUCACCUACCAUGUGCUGAUGCGGGGAGGAGACGGCACCAGCAUGUGGGCCGACCUGUGCAAAAACGGACAGGUCCGGGCCAGUGCCAUAGCUCAGGACGCAGACCAGAACUACGACUACGCCAGUAACAGUGCCGUGCUGCACUUGGACUCUGGAGACGAGGUCUACGUCAAACUGGACGGCGGAAAAGCCCACGGUGGCAAUAACAACAAGUACAGCACGUUCUCCGGCUUCAUCUUAUACCCCGAUUAAACGUGCCGCGGCCGGUCAUGGGACAGUAAUAACCACAAAUGUCCAUUUCAAGUAUAUGAUGAAAUAUGUUUCUGUUCUUUUGCAGACAGAUGCCACAUUGACGGGCUUAUCUGCGACCGUACGUUCUGUUCAUUUGGUGAAAUAACCUUUUGUAAAUAUAUAUAAAUAUAUAUUUAUUUUAACUUAGGUUCUACUGGAGGAUGCAGUCACCGGUGAGCACGUGUUGAGAAUCAGAAAGUAGAUGUUGUUUAGAGGCUGGGGUCUCCAGACACAGGGGGAGAGACACAAAAGCACUCGGGACAGGAAACUAUUUAAACAGGAAACUCUUAAAUACUAAUUGGUUAGUAGUUUGUGUGAUGUCUUGAAUUCAGAGAGGUUAAAGAUUCUGUGCAUCCCCAAAAUAAAAUCCUAAAACAGGCCUUAAAACUCACAGAGAAGUUCUAAUGUGAGGUCAACAACUAAAAUGUGUAAUAUUCUGAAGCCAAAGUCUGUUUUGAAUGUGGAGCUAAGUGAGAGCACGUAUCAGCUACAUAAUGUUUGGCCUUACGACCUGUUCACAACAGCGUUAUUGGGGCCAAAUCAGUUCAUUUCAGUGGGAUCCUGGAGUAAUAAGUCUGUGCCAGGGAGAAGGUCUGUGGAUAUACUCUUCAUUGCAUUCGAGUGCAUUAACUUAAAUGUAAGACUAUAUGUAUCAAAUAAAACUUUAAUUAAAUAAAAGUACUGACAAUGAUAAAUCAUCUCAACAGUGCUGGGGGAACACAUUGUUUUUCUUUUUUUGUUGUUGUGUAGCGCAGGUUCAAUAAACUCUAAACAGUUCCCCACUAGCGACUGAGCUAAAAGCGCACGCAAAAGCUAACCGCUUAGCGUUAGCAUGCUAUCAACCAGCUAAACAAGGCAAGCAGGUGUAAAAGCCAACAGUCAUGUAAAAAUGACUGUUGGCUGAUUUUUGAUCAUCACUGUUCAAAAUGGGACAAACAUCUUAAUGUGCCACGUGGAUACAGUCCCUUUCCCUCCCGAGGUGCGACGCUUUACACUUAAAACAAAUGUGCAUCUGAACUUUCAACACACCUGCGAUACAACAGCCAACUUCAACUCCUCACAACUUUGAGUGCUAUAGCAAGAAAAAAAUAAUCUGUGGUGCUUUGAGUAGGGUUCAGUGUUUCACAAAAUAACCGAUCACCGCAUAUGAACGACGCAGAUGAAUCUGUUCCAUUCUGUUCUCAUAUAAACCAAUAAAUACUGUUUGACAGAAAGCUGGCGGCUCUGUGUGAAAAUGUCUGACCAAGUUACAAACAGGAACGUUUUACCUGCUGGAGUUUCUCGUUUAAGUCAGUGUCAGAGCUCUGUGUUUCUGCCCGAUGUCGCUCUGGAUGUUUUUUUUGUUCCACACUUUCUGGAAAACUGUCUGAAUGUGUUACAUUAAACUGUAGCAUGUGAACCUACCUCUCUACAGUCCCUCGGGUUUCAGGUAUGUCCCUGACUGUCCUUUGCUCCACUGUGGCUUGCGGACGUUUCCAGUGGUUAGUCUGGAUUCGAAUCUGCUCUCUGUCAUCUCCUGCUGU